AUGUACUGCACUAUCAAAACCUUUAUUUUUUUUCACGCCUCAGAGAUGGGCGUCAUGCCUGAGGUCUCGAAGGCCAUUCAAGAAAUGGAUUGGAUCUUACCUACGGAUAUACAGAGUGAGGCAGUUCCCCUCAUCCUCGGCGGUGGUGACGUCUUGAUGGCAGCAGAGACUGGCAGUGGGAAGACCGGUGCUUUUUGCAUUCCUGUCAUCCAGGUUGUCUAUGAAACCAUCAAGGAUUUGGAGUCGGGAAAGACGGGAUCUCAUUCAGCAGGAGCAGCAGCAGUAGGGCCUGUUGCGACUGUGAACCAACACAUCCAUCUGAAUGCUUUCGACAGAACUGAGGCCCUCGCAAUCGAUCCAGAUGGCCUUCUGUGUCAGAGUCGUGAUCCCGCCGGUUGGCACGGAGCGCGCGCCACUCGUGGUGUCCGAAAUAAGGGCAAGUAUUACUUCGAGGCAAAAGUAACCGACGACGGUCUCUGUCGAGUUGGCUGGUCCACCCUUCACGCCAGUCACGACAUCGGUACUGACGCGGAGAGUUUCGGUUUCGGUGGUACUGGCAAGAAAUCGCACCGUCGUCAGUUUGACACCUAUGGCGAGUCCUUCGGUCUAAACGACGUUCUGGGCUGUCACUUAGACCUGGACAAUGGUCUUAUCAAAUGGUCCAAAAAUGGGAAGGAUUUCGGGAAGGCCUUUGAUGUUCCGCCUCACAUGUGCGCAUCCGGUCUGUUUCCUUCAGUCAGUCUGAAAAAUGCGGAACUGAGAUUCAAUUUUGGUGCCACACCAUUUGCCUAUCCACCUCCGGCACCGUGGGUGGCUGUGGAAGCUGCAGAGUCCCAGAACAUUAUCAACUCCUCCAUCCUAGGUGAGAUUACACCCUUCUGUCCUUCAAGGAUGUAUUUUGUUCUUCUAAUUUUUAAGCCCUCACGGGAGUUGGCGGAACAGACCUUCGAGCAGAUUCAGAAGUUUAAGAAGUACCUUUCCAACCCAAACCCACGUUCACUCCUCGUCAUUGGUGGUGUUAACAGCAAGGAUCAAAUGAGUGCUCUCUCUCGUGGGUUCCCAACUUUUCACCCUUUAGCCGCGUUCGUCUCAUAA